AUGAAGAUAGACCUGCAUCUCGGCAAAGAAAAAUUAAUUGAAUGGUUUAUGCAAAAUACAACACAUUUGAACGCUAUUCAAACGUUGGCGCCACAUUUAUUGCGUUACCUUACUGUGUGCGUAAUCACUAGUACUGAUAAAAAGAAAAAGAAUCUUAUACGAGAUUUAAAAUAUCUUAUUCAACAGGAAAGUUAUUCUUAUCGUGAUCCAGUUACUGAAUUCUUUGAGUGUCUAUUUGUGAAAUUCGAUUUCGACGGAGCUCAACAAAAACUUCGAGUUUGUGAAAUUGUUUUACCAAAUGAUUUCUUCUUAACUGGAUGUUAUGAUGAAUUUAUGGAGAAUGCUCGUUUGCUUAUUUAUGUAUUGGUAUACAGUUAUUUUGAAGAUCAUACUUCUUUUUUAUCAUUAAGUGUACUUGCUGAAAAGUUGAAUAUGGAUGUGGAUGAUGCGGAAAAAUGGAUUGUAAAUUUAAUACGCAACGCUCGUAUGGAUGCGAAGAUAGAUUCACAAAAGGGUGUUAUUGUAAUGGGAACACAGAAUGUUUCACCGUAUCAACAAGUUAUUGAACGAACUAAGAGUAGUGGAACAUGUGCUCAUAAACUAUUGGAAAGAUUGCGUUGGGAGAAAUCAAUCGAUACAGAACUGUGGACCUCUUCAAAUCUGCACGUCUAUUGA